AUGUCUCGUCCAUCACUGCCUCCGCCACCGCCUCCACCACCUGCAGGAGGACUAUCAACAGCCUCUCCAGAUCGCACUGCACUUCUAUCUCAGAUUCAAUUGGGUGCUCAGCUCAAGAAAGCAUCGAGCAACGACCGAUCUGCGCCUGUUGCGCCGCAGAAUCCAAUAACUUCUACGGCUCCUCGAUCGCCUGGACCUCCACCUCCACCUCCUAUCAACCGCAAUGGAGCAAUCUCACCGAGACCAGCACCUGGAGUGCCGGGUCGUGCCGCUCCAUCUCCUCUUAUCACCACAACGCGUCCAGCCCCUGCAAUACCUGGUGCUAAUUCUUCAAAUCCAGAUAAUCGACCAAUGUCUCCUAUCGGAACUGGUAUCAAAUUAGCUGAACCGCCUGCCAUUGAAGGACGCUGGGCAUUUAGGACUGCACAAGAUUUUUCUGCCCCUCCGCUUCCUGACUUUAGUCAAAUAAGAACAUAUCCUAGUGGAAAUUCUUCCGGGACAACUAUACCUCUCGAUCUUACAACUCUGGCGGGGAUUACAGCAGGACGAAUGCCUCCACCGCCUCCUGCUGAAGCCAUUGGCCGAUAUCUUUUUUCAUAGUCACCAUAGUCACCUUCCCAUAAUCUUACAAAUAUCCCUGUAAUGUCGCGAUUUUCAUUUUCCUUUCUUCAUUUCAUCUUGCCAUUCCUUACUGGCUUCUAAAAAUUACAUUCAUCCUCUAAAGUUUCCCCAUCGUUACUUGCUCAUGUAUACUCAUUUGCUUAUCCUCAUUAAAAACCGGCUUUGGAUCCCCC